GUUUGACCUUACUCCUACCCAACUCCUGUUGUCGCAGAUUCUCACAUUGUAAGAGAGAGAGAGAGAGAGAGAGAGAGAGAGAGAGAGAGUGCGAGUCUUGGUCGCCAUGGAUGGGAAAUCGUCAAGCGAAACUAGAGGGAAGCCCAUUAGAUGCAGAGCUGCGGUAAGUCGCAAACCAGGUGAGCCAUUGGUGAUCGAGGAGAUCAUGGUGGCGCCGCCGAUGGAUCGUGAGGUUCGGAUUCGAAUCAUAUGCACCUCUCUCUGUCAGAGCGAUAUCACUUUCUGGAAAAUGAAGGAUUUUCCUGCGAUUUUUCCAAGAAUUCUCGGUCACGAAGCGAUCGGGGUUGUGGAAAGUGUGGGAGAGGAUGUAGAUGAAGUAACUGAAGGAGACACUGUCAUCCCUACAUUCUUGUCAGAUUGUGGAGAAUGUGCAGAUUGCAGAUCAAAAAAGAGCAACCUAUGUUCAAAACUCCCUUUCAAGGUCUCUCCUUGGAUGCCCAGAUAUGAGACCAGCAGAUUCACUGACCUCAAAGGAGAGGUUUUAUAUCAUUUUCUUUCUGUCUCAAGCUUUACCGAGUAUACAGUGGUAGACAUUGCCCAUUUAACAAAAAUUGACUCCUCAAUCCCUCCAAACAGGGCAUGCCUCCUUAGUUGUGGAGUAUCAACAGGGUUUGGGGCUGCUUGGAGAACGGCAAAUGUGGAGGCAGGAUCGACUGUUGCUAUUUUUGGGCUGGGGUCUAUUGGAUUAGCAGUCGCAGAGGGAGCUAGACUAUGUGGAGCUACUAAAAUCAUUGGAGUGGAUGUGAACCAAAACAAAUUUGAAAUCGGUAAAAAAUUUGGAGUCACAGACUUUGUCAAUGCUGGAGACUGUGGGAAUAAAUCUGUGACCCAGAUGAUCAAUGAGAUAAGUGGUGGAGGUGCAGACUAUUGCUUUGAGUGUGUCGGAUUGCCAUCCUUGGUGCAGGAAGCAUAUGCCUGCUGCCGAAAGGGUUGGGGAAAAACAAUUGUGUUAGGAGUGGCCAAGCCGGGUUCACAAGUGAACCUUAGCUCUUUUGAUGUUCUUCAUAGCGGGAAAACCCUCAUGGGAUCCUUAUUUGGAGGACUCAAAGCUAAAUCUGAUAUUCCCGUCCUCCUUCAACGCUACUUGGACAAGGAACUGCAGCUGGAUGAAUUUGUCACGCAUGAGGUAAGGUUUGAUGACAUCAACAAAGCUUUUGAUUUACUCAUUGAAGGACAGUGUCUUCGUUGUGUAAUUUGGAUGGACAAAUGAGUAAGCUCCUAUGGAAUUUGAUAGUGGUGAAGGCUCAAUGACAACAAUAAAACUAUUGAUUUGCUAUGGACUUUGCUAGCCUUUCACUAGCAACCGCCAACCGGUUUUUUUUUUUUUAGCACAUGCUGUAUUCUUAUCGACCAAAUAAUAGCUGUCGCCACGUUUGUUUGCUAAACAUAUCUUAUACAUUGGACAGCUCUUUCCUUUUCUUGUAAGAAUGACGUGCAAUUGAGCACUGAAUGCUUCACAGCAAAUGCAGUAGAUGCCUCUAGUAUUUGUUGGGGGAGUAGUUUGACUA